GUGGAGGGUGUGAUGAUGGAAGGCGGAGCAGGAACGUGGGGGAGGUCGGGUCGAGUCGGGCUUCCAUUCGGGGCGUGUAUCAGCUCAGGUUUGAAUGGAGACGGAAAUAUGUGAGUUUCUGUGAAGGGAAAAGAAAAAAAAAAAAAAAAAAAAACACGGACGCAAAGUAGAGCCGCAGGCCAGAGAACAUAUCACCUUCAUUUAUCCGGAGCUCUUAAACAACAAGAAGAGGAUUUUACUCAUCUGCAAACUGUCUGUCCUCUCCUCUCCGUCAGCCUCCAAGAUAGAUUCUCUCAGGAGUAAGGUGGAACUGCUGAAGUUGCCAUUGACUCUGUCAUCCAAAUCCAUCUCGGAGCGCAAGACUCAGCUGGGCGGAACCACAGAACGCUCCAGGGGCGGAGCUGGGGCCCACAAACCCCGCCCACCAGCCCCAGACAUGGACAACGAGUCGCAGUACUCGGGAUAUUCCUACAAGUCUUCCCAUUCACGCAGCUCUCGCAAGCACAGGGACAGGAGAGACAGACAUCGCUCUAAGAGCAGAGACAGCAGCAGUCGAGGAGACAAGUCUGUCACCAUCCAGGCACCUGGAGAACCACUGCUGGACGCAGAGUCCACACGCGGAGAUGACCGGGAUGAUAACUGGGGCGAGACCACCACCGUUGUGACCGGGACGUCCGAGCACAGCGUCUCUAAUGAGGACCUCACACGGGCGUCUAAAGAGCUCGAGGACUCUUCACCCCUGGAGUGCCGUCGAUUCGCCGGGCCCGUUCUGAGCGGCAUUUUGGGCCUGUUUGCCCUCCUGACGCCUCUGGCCUUCCUCCUGCUGCCUCAGCUGCUGUGGCGUGACUCUCUGGAGCCCUGCGGUACACCGUGCGAAGGCCUUUAUGUCUCUCUGGCCUUCAAGCUCCUCGUCCUCCUCAUCUCGUCCUGGGCUCUGUUCUUCCGCCCUCCACGCGCCACGCUCCCGCGCUUCUUCGUCUUCCGCUGCCUCUUGAUGGCGCUGGUCUUCCUCUUUGUGGCAUCCUACUGGCUGUUCUAUGGCGUGAGGGUGCUGGAGCCCAGAGAGCGUGACUACAGGGGCAUCGUGGGAUACGCCGUCUCGCUGGUGGACGCGCUGCUGUUCAUUCAGUAUUUGGCGCUUGUGCUACUGGAGGUGAGGCACCUCAGGCCGGCCUUCUGCCUCAAAGUGGUUCGCACCACUGAUGGAGCCAGUCGCUUCUACAACGUUGGACACCUCAGUAUCCAGCGAGCAGCGGUGUGGGUCCUGGAUCACUACUACACUGAUUUCCCAGUGUACAACCCUGCUUUACUCAAUCUACCCAAGUCCAUCCUGUCUAAAAAGAUGUCUGGAUUUAAAGUGUACUCCCUGGGAGAAGAGAACAGCACCAAUAACUCAACCGGUCAGUCUCGUGCGAUGAUUGCCGCCGCCGCACGCAGAAGAGACAACUCUCAUAACGAAUACUACUAUGAGGAGGCAGAGAUGGACCGCAGGAUCCGAAAGCGCAAGGCCAGACUGGUGGUGGCAGUAGAGGAAGCGUUCACUCAUAUCAAAAGACUUCAGGACGAUGAGGCCGCGACGUCGCCCAAGCACCCCCGUGAGGUGAUGGACCCUCGAGAGGCGGCCCAGGCCAUCUUCGCCCCAAUGGCACGAGCCAUGCAGAAGUACCUGCGUACGACACGCCAGCAGCCCUACCACAGCAUGGAGAGCAUCAUCGCUCACUUGCAGUUCUGCAUCACUCACAACAUGACGCCCAAGGCUUUUCUGGAGCGGUACCUGACCCCGGGCCCCACCAUGCAGUACCAGCGUGAGAACGGCAGGGGGCGGCAGUGGACUCUGGUGAGCGAGGAGCCCGUGACGUCAGCACUGCGUCAAGGACUGGUGUUCUCCCUGCGCCGCCUCGAUUUCGCCCUGGUCGUCACAGUGACGCCCCUCCCCUUCCUCAACCUAGGAGAGGAGUUUAUUGACCCCAAGAGCCACAAGUUUGUGAUGCGGCUUCAGUCAGAAACCUCUGUGUAAGAGGAAAGUGAGACUGAGACAAGGGCAGUACAACAGGACAGAGGGACAGAACCACUCGUUUUUCUUUUAGAUAUCACUUUUACACAACUGUUUGUAUGUCUUUUUUAAACACUACAUGAACUACUUGGAUCUAGAGACUGUCAGGAUGACUCUAGACUGACUAACUCUUACGCAUUUCAGCUGUGAAUAAUGAUGUGUCAUGAUCAAAUACAGUUUCACAAAACAGUCUCUGCGAGAUGUACAAUCCGGACCAUUCUCCAGCAAUUCCAGGUACCAUAAUAUGGCUGCCCUUAUCAACUCUACGCCCACGUUUAUGCUUCAGAACCCAUGAGAAGUGAUAGAAACACUAUAAGAUUGUAGCUGAUCAAUGCAGAGCAAUCAAGUGCUUUACUAUUUUAUGAUUGUGGAUCAAAAGCACAUGAGAAGCAUGUUUGUAACUCUACUCGGCCUUGAGCUCUGUAUCUGUUGUGAAUGUUUUUAAGAUGUCGUAUGCGUCACGUUUGCAGUACUUUAUUCUUUAUCCUAAAUAAUCGAGGGGCCUUUUAUAUCAUUCGUUCACAUUGUUCUGUACACCAGCAAACUCAUUGUCCAUACAGCGCGGUUUUCUUCGAAACACAGUCAUGGUUUUGUUGUGUUUGGUAUGUACGUCUGUCAAUCAAAUGUGACCUUUACAUAAAAAUGCAAAAACAUGAACGUGUGCCAAAUGUCAUAACUGUGCCUGGUUCGUGCUGUGACUACAGAGCUAUGCAGACAUACAGAGCUGGCCGUAUCUGAACCGGCCUUGGAUUUCUAGUGGUUUGAGGAAACUAAUGAUCUCGUCCAACCCAUGACUCAAUCGACCUCACUGUUUACCCCCCUCUUUCACAUCCUGUACAUAACUCAAUCUCUUUUUAUACACGCGUGGACGUCAGUGAAAGGGGAAUUUGACUUGAUGUAGGUGGUUGAUUUUCAGAACUGACCGUUUCAUUAUUAGGCCUGAUGCAUGGAUAUAGGCGAUGCAGUUUUGUACUUUGGUUUUUUACUUUUUAUCAUUUUGUAUGAAAGUUAAGCUAAUCUUUUAACAUUUUCCCUUUAAAAAAAAUGGUUUGUUGUAAAGAGAUUUGUAGAUUUUUGGUUAUUGUGUGAAAACCUUUUUGGCAAUGGAUAAUUUUAGAACUAAAAAUGUUGCAGCCUUUUUUUUUUUUUAAAUAAAAGAUCAACUCGA